GUCCGGGUGCAAGCCUUAAUAUGCUUAGGAAAUUUGUUACCCCACCUGGAACCAUGGAUGGUGUCCGAUCAGAUAAUCCCUGCAUUAUCUAAAAUCAACAACAAGGAACCAGGAAUUUUAAUGGCAAUUUUAGGUAAGUGGAAAUUUUGUGGAAGUAGACAUUUUGUUGCUCGAAAGAAUCCGGAUUCCGAGCGGCUAAGGAUCCAUGUAGAAAAAGAGCAGAGGCAGCGAUUACAGCAGUUGACGGCUAGCCAAGAGGAACAACGACAGAUGCCUGACUUUGCCGAAAUCAUUACAAGAAAUGAGGGCAGGCUUACUCUCGAGGACAAGAAGCGUCUAGCUGCUGAACAAGAGCAAAACUUGAGGCUUAGAAACCAGUCACCGAUAGUACAAUCAUGUGGCACGAAAAAGCUGGACCCUUUGUCUUCAUCUUCUCAUUCAGCUUCGAAUUCCGCAUUGGAUUCAAUGUUCGCUUUUGAACCAAAUAGUGACGGAUUUGGGAGUAAUGGCAUUUUAACUCCUUCUGGAAAAUCUUUACGAGUUGCGUCAACAAAAUCUGCUGUUGAUAUAUCAGAAUUCUUGCCAAGUAGUAGCGCAAGUUUAUCACGUACAGCGAUCUUGAAUACUCCUUGCACCACGUCAGCAAGUAUUGUGUUUCCUGCUACAUCUGCUUUUAUGGAACCGCAGAGCUCCCAAAAGCUAUUGAACAGUGAAGUUAGCUUCAACUCAAGGGGGAAUAUUGGGCUUCCACAACCACCGAAAUCUGCAAAUCCAAUAAUUCGUAAUUUAAGUCAGAAUGUAAAAGCAUUAAAUCUUCCAGCGAACUCAGCAAACUCUGCACCAAGCAAGAAACCCGAUCUUUCAGCAUUUGACAAUUUGUUCACGUUUCCCAGUCCCAUCAGCAACUUAACGAGUAAUAACAGUGUUUCUGCAACUUCUAAACCAGCAGCUAACACCAAGGUUGAGUCGUUGCAAAAAGAUCCAUUUGCAGAUUUAUUAGGUUGA